UGGAGGAAGUUCAACUUCUUUGAUGUUAAAGCAAAUAUUGAUGGAGGGAAGCUAGCAGAAGCAGUUAAGGGUGCAGAGGUAACAUGCACAGCUGCUGGUCGAGGCCAUGUUUACAUAGGGGAUUCAACUGGCUGUGUUCACAGCCUCACCAGACAGCUGAAACUUGACUCUUUUCAAGCCUUUGACAGGGCGGUCAAGUCUAUCACAGCCUUUGACCACACAAGCAUCAUCAUCACUGUAGCUGAUAAGAAUGAUGGACCCUCAGAGAUCAAGGUCUGGGCCCCAGACAAGGCUGAUGUUCAUGGUCAACCACCUUGUCUCAGGACAUUAUGUCCAGAUCCCAGGCCAAACCAGGCUGGGAGUCGAGCUAGCUCCGGCCUCAACCAAGCAGGGAAAGUGCCCAAGGUCACAGCACUAGCUGUCCAUCCCAAUUUGUCCCUUAUGGCUGUUGGUUUCCAGGAUGGCUCUGUCAUGCUUUAUCGAGGUGAGGUGAGUCGAGACCGUGGCAGCAAACACCGAGUCUUGCUGACAGUUUCCAGCAGCAUUACAUCUCUUCAUAUCCGACACAACACACGUGCAACUCAUCUCUUUGUCACCACAAAGAACAAUAUCUUUUGUAUCAAUUGCACUGCUAGAGAUAAAGAAACAACAGUUGAGCUGGAUUCUGUGGGUUGUGAGCCUGGUUGUGCGACACUUGCUGAUGGUCGUCACGAGCAUCAUUUCUUAGUGGCAAGACCUGAUGCUAUAUAUAGUUACACAAGUGACAGCCGUGGUUCAUGCUAUGUGUUUGAAGGAGAAAAGUCCAUGGUAGCAUGGUUUAGAGGAUACCUCAUAGUUGGCACUAUUGAUAAAGGAUUGCCUGCUAGCAGGGCUAGUGAAAGAAGUAUCACUGUUUACGAUCUAACCAACAAGUUGGUGGCCCUGAGCACAAAGGUGAGGGGGUUAGCAGGUGUCGUGGGGGAAUGGGGAGGCCUCUACCUGGUCACAACAGAGCCAGCUAUGGUGCACAUGUCAGAGAAAGACCUCCAAAGCAAGUUCCAACUACUCUUCAAGAAAAAUCAGUUUGAUAUUGCAAUAAGUUUGGCCAAAACACAGUGCUGUGACCAAGAGGAGGUGGCUGAAAUUCUUCGUCAGUAUGGAGAUUGGUUAUACAGCAAGGGUAACCAUCCUGCUGCAAUGGACCAGUACAUCAAAACCAUCCCACACCUUGAACCAUCAUAUGUUAUAAGAAAGUAUUUAGACACUCAACAUAUUCACAAUUUGACAACAUACCUCCAAGCUUUACACCGUUCUGGGUCAGCCACAGCCGAUCACACAAGUCUUCUAUUGAACUGUUACACUCGCCUGAGAGACACCCAGCAGUUGGAUGAGUUUAUUAUGAGCAAAGAUGGGGCUGUGGAUUGUGAUGUAGAGCUAGGAGUGCGUGUGUGCCGCAGUGCCGGAUACUAUGAUCAUGCUCUGGCUCUUGCAGCUAAACACAAGCUACAUCAUCAUCACCUUGCAAUCCUUAUUGAUGAUAAAAAGGAUUAUGUUGCAGCUUUGAGGUAUAUUAAAACUCUGGACUUUGAGGAAGCUAAAUCAAGUGUAAUGAGGUACGGAUCAGUCCUGCUGAAUCAUGUGGCAGAUGAGACAACAGAGCUUUUGAUAAGACUUUGUACUGACUACAAGCCAAGCAACACUCCCCUUAUCAAAGAGGGUUCACUGGAUGGCUAUCUCACCCCAGAAGAACCAGUGUAUGGGGAUCCAGAGGAAUUUGAGUACCUUUUAGUGGGACAUAGUGAGCAAGCAAUUGCAUUUCUUGAGAAAAUGGCAACUAUCCCAGGGAAGCUGUCAGACAAGCUCUAUACAACCCUCUUGGCAGAGUAUUUGCACCAGUAUGGACUAGCCCCAGAAGGUCAGGAGCAGGUGGUACUGGGUGAAAAGAUAAUGGAAUUACUGCGUAAUACAGAGAGUGGUUGUAGCCGUGACCAUGCCCUGCUCUUAUGUGAUAAGCAUCAGUUUUAUGAUGGGAAGCUUCUCUUGUGGGAACAAGCAGGAAUGUAUGAAGAGCUCCUUUCCUGGUAUGCAGAGCGAGGUGAAGUGGAGAACAUGCUUGCCGUGUGUUCGCGCAGAUCGCAGCAUCAGCCUCGCCUCUGGUGUUCAGCAUUAAAGCUACUUACCUCCCCAGAGUCAACAGCUCCCCCUGACCCUCAGUAUCUAAUGACUUGUCUUAAUAACAUAGAGGAGAAAACAUUAUUGCCACCAUUGGAGGUAGUUGAUCAGCUGGCUGCAUCCCCACACAUCACACUAGGACAGGUGCGGGAUUACCUCCUCAGAGUAGUAUCUGCACACACUGCCACUCUCACCGCAGAGACUUCCCGCACUGAGCAAUAUUCGUGUGACACAGCCAAAAUGAGAGAGACAAUCAAUGGAAUCAGAACGAGUGCAACACAGUUUACAGCUACUAAAUGCAACAUUUGCAACAACGAGUUGGAACUGCCAUCUGUCCACUUUCUCUGCCGACAUUCCUUCCAUCAACAUUGCUUUGAAAGUUAUAGUGAGAGUGAUGUCGACUGUCCAGUCUGUCUGCCUGAAAACAGGAAAAUGUUAGAAGUCAUCAAGGCGCAGGAAACUCACCGCAGUCAACAUGACCAGUUUCAUGAACAGCUAGAAAGAUGUACGGAUUCCUUUUCCGUGGUUGCUGAUUACCUCGGUCGAGGGGUGUUCACUCAUCUCACACACCCUGGCUACCACUGUUAUCCCUCGCUCAACACCAACAAAAGCUAUGCAUGGUAUAAUCUUAUAGGCAUGCAGGGUAAAGUUGCACCUCCAAAGGCAUCCGCUUUUGUAGAGAAGGACGUGACAGACACAGGUUCAGAGGCUCGAGUUAGAGCAGCAGAGCUUCCCAACCAUAAUACUGGUGGAGUCGUCCCAGAGCCGGAGUCCAGAUUGCGUGUGCUGGAGAAAGUCACCCAGGGUCCCACAGGAGUUGGAAGUGAAGGUCGCCUGCGGAUGGGAGAACGUCGAGGACAGGGUAUUCUUGAGAUUGAAUCUGAAAGUAGAUUGAGGGCUGAAGGGAGAAAAAUGGCUCAGACUUCCAAUGAGCCAACUUCACAAGCUAUGCCUGAAGGGAGAGUAAGACAGGACAAGUCCAGCGCUGUCAUAACAAGUCCAACAGAAGGUAGGAUGAGGUCACAGAUAACAUCAAGUGUAACUGUCCCAGUGGCUGAGAGUCGCCUAAGGUCAAAUGACUCUGCAAGGAUGGGAGGAGCCACGAAAGGAGCUGGCAGCAAAUAUGGUUCUUCCCUCCAUGACCACAUCACACCAUCACCCCCAGCAGCUACCAGGGAUAGAAGCCCCAAGCGACCUUCACCAGUGGAGAGCAUAUCCACAGCACUCAGUAGCACACAUAUUUCUCGUAACACUCAGAAGGCCUUAGACAAUCCAUUUGAAGAGCCAGAUGCGGAUAGUAACAAUCCGUUUGGCGAUGAUUUUGAGACAGAACAAAUGGGAAACAACCCAUUUGAAGAUGACUACGAUGAGUCUAAAAAUCCUUUUGCAUCUGAUUCCCCAACCCACAAGAGUCCUGAUGAAAAGAAUCCUUUUGCUGAUGAUUCAAGCAAGGAUUAUGAAUCCCAUUUGAAUCCAUUUGGAGAGUCAUAAAUGAUGACAUACAUUUUGAGAAUAUUACUAAACAUACUCAUUUUAUUAUAUAUUUACACUACAUUUCAUAAUACAGCUAUGGCUUUAAUAAGUGUGCAUAAGAUUAUAAAAUAAAGCAGUAAUAUUUAUCACAGGAGCAAAAGGAAUUAGAUAUGUAUGCACACUCACAAGCACUUGCAUUGAUAAUGCCAAAUAUAUUUUCACUCCAUCUUAAGAAAUGUAUUAAUUAAAAAGAAGAUAUAGAAGGAAGAUGGAGAGCAUGUCAAGAUUGAUGCAUAAUGAGAAACUGGCAAAUAAGCACAUAUUUAUUUUGUUAAAAAAGGUUGUACACAACAGCAUGGCAGGUCUUUUGAAGUCUUUUAAGGUUGCAUCUCUUCUGGUAUUUUCUGCACUUUAAUACCAGAAGCAAAAUUUAUAAAUGCAAGCAAUCUGUUCUUUGCAUAGAUCUGUAUUUUAUGUAUUACAAGUGUGUAUGAAAUGCCAAUCAAUGUGUUGAUUUCCAGUAUUAAUUGCAGUACAUGCUUAUGAUUAUUAGUGAUUCUGGAAAAUGCAAUGUUAAAUGUAUAUAUUGGUAGACUGUUGAGUAAGGCUGUGCAUUUUCCUAAGCAGAAGUCUUGUAAUAUAUUAUGAAAGUAAAUAUAAUGUAGUUACUGUAGCCAGAUCUUUGAGGAAAAAGAAAAUAUAUAAUAAUGUCCAUCUUUAUCCAAAUAAAUCUUUAAUUUUGA